AUGAAGGAUCUCGAAUUGGAGAAACUUCGAUUGCUAAGCUUAGCUACAAAGGUCGGAUUCGACGAAGAUUCCGCGAAGAAAUGUUUGGAUCGAUUCGUCUCUCUCUACGGUGAUGAUGGUCGGGAUUUCAUUACUGUUGAGUACUGUGGAGAUGAUUUUAUUGCGGCUUUAGCUGAUUUUGAGAAAGGAACGGAGGAGUGGGAUGAUAUACAAGCUAUAGAGUCUGAAGCUCAAGGAACAUUAGCUGAAAUGUUUGAUAAAGCGAAUGGAUUCGAGACCGAUGAUGAUGGUUCAAGAGUCGAAGUUCAUGUCAUUGAGGAUUCUCCUGAGCCUAAGAAAAAACCGCAAGUGUUGGAGUUGGAUUCUUCUAGUGAUUUGGAAGAUGAUGAUACACUUUUCAAAGCUACAACGAGAUCACAGACAAGUUCCAGAAACCACUCUUUGAGAUCUAUGGAAUAUUCAAUGGAAGAUUCAGUUUCAGGAAGAAACCAUUCUGUACAACAGAUGGACCAUGAAACCCCGAGUUACGAAGAGUUGCAGGCGUUGGAUGAUCUGGAAUUUGCAAACUUGGUGAUUUUCGGUAACAAGGCGUUUAGGCCCCUGCAGCAUCAAGCGUGUAAAGCAUCUAUGGAAAAGAAGGAUUGCUUUGUUCUAAUGCCUACGGGAGGAGGGAAAAGUUUGUGUUACCAGCUUCCUGCAACACUAAAAGCUGGAGUUACCAUAGUUAUAUCUCCUCUGUUGUCCCUCAUACAGGAUCAGAUAGUUGCGCUGAACCUUAAGUACGGGGUACCAGCGACUUUUCUGAACUCUCAGCAAACAACUUCCCAAGCAGCAGCUGUAUUACAAGAUCUCAGAAGAGAUAAUCCUUCAUGUAAACUCUUAUAUGUGACACCUGAGAAAAUCGCUGGAAGUUCCUCCUUUUUGGAGACACUAAGAUGCUUAGACCACAAGGGACUACUGGCAGGUUUUGUGGUUGAUGAGGCUCACUGCGUGAGCCAAUGGGGACAUGACUUCCGGCCAGACUACAGAGAACUUGGAUGUCUUAAGCAGAACUUUCCCCGUGUUCCCGUGAUGGCUCUUACAGCCACGGCAACUGAAUCAGUAUGUGAGGACGUACUAAAAAGUCUGAGAAUUCCCAUGGCUCCGGUUCUCAAGAUGAGCUUUGACAGAACCAACUUGAAGUAUGAGGUGAUCAACAAAACCAAGGAGCCACUGAAACAGCUCCAAGAGCUGCUAAGAUACCGGUUCAAGGAUCAGUCUGGGAUCGUUUACUGUCUCUCCAAAAGCGAAUGUGUUGAUGUCGCAAAGUUUCUAAACGAGAAAUGCAAGGUGAAGACUGUUUAUUAUCACGCCGGUGUGCCUGCAAAACAGAGAGUUGAUGUUCAGAAAAAAUGGCAAACAGGGGAAGUCCGAAUUGUUUGUGCAACCAUUGCAUUUGGGAUGGGAAUAGACAAAGCAGACGUGCGUUUUGUUAUACACAACACCUUAUCGAAAGCGAUAGAAAGUUACUACCAAGAGUCAGGGAGAGCAGGAAGGGACGGGCUUCCAUCGCAAUGCAUUUGCUUGUACCAGAAGAAAGAUUUUAGCAGAGUCGUUUGCAUGUUGCGUAACGGACAAGGUCGAAACAUGGAGAGAUUCAAGUCUGCCAUGGCUCAGGCCAGGAAGAUGCAGCAAUACUGUGAGCUCAAGACUGAAUGCAGAAGACAAAUGUUACUAGAGCACUUUGGAGAGUCGUUCGAGCGAAGGAUUUGUAAGAGCAGUUUAAAUCCGUGUGAUAACUGUGAAAAGAGUUAA